AUGAAAGAUCCACAAGAAAAAAAGUUCACCAACCAAUUCCGAAAGAUUAGUAAAAGUCUACAAGGCUUACUAGAAAAGGUCGAAAGAUCAGAAGUUCACUUACUAAUAAACGCCGAAAGACAAGAGGAAAGUCUGCAAGAAGUUUUCCAAAAACAUCGAAAGACAGGAGGAAAGUCCACAAGACAGUUCUUCAAAACUACCAAAAACAAGAAAAUCUACAAGAAAAUUCUCCAACAAACAAAAGAUCCACGAGAAAGUUCACCAAACAAUUCUGAAAGAUUAACAAGAGGAAAGUCUGCAAGAAAGUUCUCCAAAAACGUCGAAAAACAAGAGGGAAGUCCACAAGAAAGUUCUCCAAAAACGUCGAAAGACAGGAGGAAAGUUUACAAGAAAGUUCUUAAAUAUUGA